GCUGCUCGGGGGUCACCCUGCUGGUGCAGAAGCCCCUGGACCUGGGGCGGCUCCGGGGGGACCUCGAGGGGCUCCUGGGGCGCGGCUUCCGCAGCCUGGCGGUGCUGCUGCUGCACGGCUACGCGUCGGGUCUCUACGUUGUUGGUCCCGAAUCCGCGGGGGCUCAUCCGGGCCCGGCCUGUUACCGCAAGGGGGGUCCCCUGACCGUCACCGACGCCAACCUCGUCCUGGGCCGCCUCCUCCCGGAUUUCUUCCCGCGGAUCUUCGGGCCGGGCGAGGACGAGCCGCUCUGUCGCGACACGGCCGUGACGGCGUUCCGGGCGCUGGCCGCCACCAUUGGCGACUUCCGGCGCGCGGGGGACGCCGGGGACGCCGCCGGUGUCCCCAAGGAGCCGCCCUCGGUGGAGGAGGUGGCCCUGGGCUUCAUCCGCGUGGCCAACGAGGCCAUGUGCCGGCCCAUCCGCGCGCUGACGCAGGUGGGUGUGCCCGGGGUCACCUGCGUCACCUGUGUCACCUGA